GUACCCGCCCAUCUGAGAACUGCUCCAUCCAUGAUGGCGGCCUUCAGUGUGGCUCGCAGCAGCUGCGGACUUCUGAACGCGCUCAGAGUUUCUUGCCGGAGUUUGACCCGAGUGAAACAUGCCUCCCCCGCUGCCGCCGCGCUGCCGAGCUCGGAGCUGCACCGCGUUUGCCGCCUGUACUCGGUGGCUCAUCUGUCCGUCAAGGAGAGGAUCGACAAGAAACGACAGGAGGCGCUUCUCGGUGGAGGUCAGAGGAGAAUUGAUGCUCAACACAAGAAGGGGAAGCUGACAGCUCGGGAGCGUGUAGAGCUUCUUCUGGACCACGACUCUUUUGUGGAGUCCGACAUGUUCGUGGAGCACCGGUGCUCGGAUUUUGGCAUGGAGCAGGACGCAAACAAGUUCCCCGGCGACAGCGUGGUGACGGGUCAUGGCAGGAUCAACGGGCGGCUGGUCUACGUCUUCAGCCAGGACUUCACUGUGUUUGGUGGCAGCUUGUCCGGAGCUCACGCGCAGAAGAUCUGCAAGAUCAUGGAUCAGGCCAUGAUGGUCGGGGCGCCGGUCAUCGGGCUGAAUGACUCGGGAGGGGCUCGCAUCCAGGAGGGCGUGGAGUCGCUGGCUGGAUACGCAGACAUUUUCCUGAGGAACGUCAUGGCGUCAGGAGUCGUCCCCCAGAUCUCCCUCAUCAUGGGCCCCUGUGCAGGCGGCGCCGUCUACUCCCCCGCCCUCACAGAUUUCACCUUCAUGGUUAAGGACACCUCGUACCUGUUCAUCACCGGACCAGACGUGGUGAAGUCGGUCACCAACGAGGAUGUCACACAGGAGGAGCUAGGGGGCGCCAAAACGCACACCACCGUCUCAGGUGUGGCUCAUCGUGCCUUUGAGAACGACGUGGAAGCUCUGCUCAACCUGAGGGAGUUUGUCAACUUCCUGCCCCUCAGCAACCAGGAUUCUCCUCCGGUCCGGGAGUGCCACGACCCCAGUGACCGCCUGGUUCCAGCGCUGGACACCAUCGUCCCGUUCGAGUCAACCAAGGCGUACGACAUGCUGGACAUCAUCCAUGCGAUCGCGGAUGAGCGGGACUUCUUCGAGAUCAUGCCCAACUACGCCAAAAACAUCGUGGUGGGGUUCGCCCGCAUGAACGGCCGGACGGUCGGGGUUGUGGGGAACCAGCCCAAGGUGGCGUCAGGGUGUCUGGACAUCAACUCCUCGGUGAAGGGCGCGCGCUUCGUCAGGUUCUGCGACGCCUUCAACAUCCCCAUCAUCACCUUCGUGGACGUGCCAGGCUUCCUCCCAGGUACUGCACAAGAGUACGGCGGCAUCAUCAGGCACGGAGCCAAGCUGCUGUACGCCUUCGCCGAAGCCACUGUCCCCAAAAUCACCAUCAUCACCAGGAAGGCGUACGGAGGAGCGUACGACGUGAUGAGCUCCAAACACCUGAGGGGAGACGUCAACUACGCCUGGCCCACGGCUGAGGUCGCCGUCAUGGGCGCCAAGGGAGCCGUGCAGAUCAUCUUCAGGGGGAAGGAGAACCAGGCGGAGGCCGAAGCCGAGUACGUGGAGAAGUUCGCCAACCCCUUCCCUGCUGCUGUCAGAGGUUUUGUGGAUGACAUCAUCGAGCCGUCCUCCACCCGGAGGAAGAUCUGCAGAGACCUGGAGGUUCUGGCCAGUAAGAAGCAGGUGAAUCCCUGGAAGAAACACGCCAACAUUCCUCUGUGAAGAGCCGCCGGACAGAUUCAUCCGUGACUCUGAGGUCACCGGGAGCCACUCCUCUGGUACCAGACUGGACAUGUAAACUAUAGCGGCCAUAUUGGUCGCUGUCAUGCGUCGGUUGAAGAGAACUGCAGUGACGACUGUACUGUAUCAGGAUCUCCUGAGGUAGAAACCACCUGAACGUGUGCCUCAUCUCCUCAACUUUGUGUCGAAUAAACACACAACUUGGGUCAGACUUCUGACGUGGUUGUAAAAUAAAAAAAAAAUCUAGUUUAAUUUUUGGUU